AUGAAUAAUAAUUAAUCAGAGCAAGCCACAGCAUUAUCUGCUGAAUAAUAGCAAGUCAACUAGUAGUUACACUAAAUUUACUAAAUCAUACCAGAAAAGCCUACUUCUGCUAAAAUUGAAGGCUAUGAUUUCAACAAAGGCUUAGAUUUUGAUAAACUUUUUGAGAGCUAUCACACAUUUGGCUUGUAAUCAACUAAUUUAGCUUAAGCAAUAGAGGAAGUCAAAAAGAUGAUUUUCUGGCGUUUGAGUGACGAAGAAGUCAAUCUUGAAAGAGAUACUGAGGAACAUUUAGAUGAAGAAGUCAGAAAAAAUACUAGAUGCACCAUCUUCUUAGGAUAUACUUCAAAUAUGAUUUCUUGCGGUAUGCGCGAAAUAAUUAGAUUUUUAGUUUAACACAAAAUGGUAGAUUGCAUAGUUACUACUGCUGGUGGUGUUGAGGAAGAUUUCAUUAAGUGUAUGUCAGACUUCCAUUUGGGUGACUUCCAUGCCAAUGAUUUAGAAAUGAGAAAGAAAGCUCUUAACAGAAUAGGAAACAUAGUUGUCCCAAGCGAAAAUUAUUGCAAGUUAGAAGACUGGUUAAUUCCUAUUUUCUUUGAAAUGUACGAAGAGCAAAAGAAAAAUGGCGAAAUAUGGUCUCCUUCAAAGGUUAUUAGAAAACUUGGUGAAAAGAUAAACAACGAAGAGAGCGUUUACUAUUGGGCAUACAAGAACAAUAUUCCUGUCUUCUGUCCUGCUAUUGUUGAUGGAGCUAUUGGUGAUAUGCUCUAUUAUUUCUCUUACAAGGUCGAUGGAUUCAUCCUAGAUAUAGUUUAAGAUGUCAGAGAAUUGAAUAAGAUUGUCCUCAAGUCCAAAAAGACUGGUGCUUUAGUCCUCGGAGGAGGCCUAGUUAAGCAUCAUAUUAUGAAUGCCAAUAUAUGGAGAAAUGGAGCAGACUAUGGAGUUUUCAUUAACACUGGUUUAAUGUAUGAUGGCUCCGAUGCUGGUGCCAGAAUUAGUGAAGCUGUCAGUUGGGGUAAAAUGCAAGUCUAAUCCAGCUAUGUUAAAGUUUUCAGCGAAGCCUCAUUGGUAUUCCCUAUUUUAGUUGCCUAGACAUUCUACAAAUACAAGGAUUAAGCUAGCAAAUUAAAUGUAAGAGCUAAUGAUGAAGAAAGAAAACAAACUAAAGCCCAAAUUGACUUAAAGGAAAAACAAAACCAUAUUAAAAAAUUCGAGUGA